GCCGCUCGGAGCCGAGCCGGGCACGACCAUGGCGGGUCGGGGCCGGGCGCUGCUGGCGCUGCUCGCCCUGGCGCUGCCCGCCUGGGCGCCGGACCCGUAUGGAGAAGAAUGCAGGAGCAAAAUGUACCCUCCUUCAGGACCAACGUUCAAAGGGAAUAUACCCACAUACAUCAUAAAUCUCGAUUUACCUCCCAGCAAAAGGUGGGAUGAAUUAAUGCGUGACAAAAAGACAGAGCUGAAGACUGUGGUCCAGAAUAUUAAAGAUAUAGCAAAUACCUUCUUCCCCAGUGGCAAAGUUGUUGACAUAGUGGAUAACAAAAUAGCUCAUCUGACUGCCACACUUCCUUAUCCUUUCAAUGAAGAACUCCAAGGGAUUGCAAAUUCGUCUGGGAUUCCUUUGGGGGAAAUCGUUAUUUUUAACAUUUUUUAUGAAAUUUUUACUGUAUGUACAUCAAUAGUGGCAGAAGAUAAAACAGGGAAACUGUACCACGCCAGAAACUUGGAUUUUGGACUUUUCCUAGGGUGGGAUGUUAAAAAUAAUUCCUGGACGUUAACUCGGGAACUGAAGCCUUUAGUGGUACUCUUGGACUUUCAGAGAAACAACAAAACAGUGUUCAAGUCCACAAAUUUUGCAGGAUACAUAGGCAUGGUGUCUGGAGUCAAACCAAACUUGUUCACUCUGACAAUGAAUGAGCGUUUCAGUCUUGAUGGUGGUUAUGUGGGAAUCUUCGAAUGGUUUCUUGGUAGAAGAGAUGGUAUGUGGAUGGGCUUUCUUACAAGAACAGUAUUAGAGAAUGCUACAAGUUACCAGGAUGCAAAAGACAGACUGGCAAAAACAAGACUUCUGGCUCCAGCUUACUUUAUUCUGGGUGGAAAAAAUUCUGGAGAAGGAUGUGUGAUAACUCGAUCCAGGACAGCUGCUCUGGAUAUCUGGGACCUUGAUAUCAAGAAGGGCACAUGGUACGUGUUAGAAACCAACUAUGAUCGCUGGAAGCCUCCACUGGUGCUGGAUAAUCGUAGAGGACCCGCAAUGAAAUGCCUGAACCAGACAACACAAGAGAAUCUCUCCCUACCAGCAAUUUACGAUGUUCUCUCCACAAAGCCUGUCCUCAACAAGCUGACUGUGUGCACAACGCUGAUGGAGGUGUACAAUGGCCAUACAGAGACUUACCUGCGGGAAUGCCCAGAUCCCUGUAGCCCUUGGUAGCCCUGUACCUCUCCUGUGUUGGAAGCUGCUUGUCUGAAUUGGCACUCCUCCACGAGAAAAUGCUUCUGGAAAGAGAUUACUCAGUCUAACUCCUUUGUUCAGAAAUCUAAUGGCUCUAUAGAAAUGGCAAAGCGCUCCUAACAAUGAAGGACCCUGUCUCACAGCAGACUCUUCUUGCUUUGUAACCAGCAGUUCCACUGACAAGAAAUGUAUCCUCAUCAGUGUCUGGUAUGAUUUUAGCCAUUUCUGCCAAAUGACUUCAGCAGUUAGUUUUAGAUCUCUUCAGUCUUGGCAGUAUUCUUGGUGUGUUGUUGGUUGGGGGUUUGUUAAUUUUGGGGUUUUUUGGUUUGGUUUAUUUAGAUUAAAAUCCUUCGAAAGGACACAAGUUACAACAGCACCUACCAGGCAACAAAAAGAAUUGGAUGUGAGACAACCAUCUGGGACAAUACAAUUCUGUUAUUCUUUCAUAAGCACUUAAAAUUAAUUGCUGUUGUUCUGGUGUAAUAUGAGGAUAUCUCUGAUAUGCCCUUUUAUAAAAUAACCUACCAAGUGUCAUAUUUAGUCACAGAAACAAGAUCGUGGGGAAAUACCUGAAACAAGAUCUGAGCCAAGAAUGUCUUGCUACUGAUUUAUGACUUUUGCUGAAGCUCUUUCUUGGCCUGUUAACAAAUGUGUUUUUUAAUGCAGGUUUUUCUGUUGUCUCAAAAAAAAUGCUAAUACAAUAAAGAAAAGAUACUUUCUGUGACCAAAGUA